AUGGAUGAAGUUGUUGAAGACUCAUUCAACUAUGAAGUUGUUGAGGAUUCAUUUGAUAAUGAAGUUGUUGAAGAUUCGCUUGAAGGUGAAGUUGAUGGACAUCCUUAUGAAGAAGCAAGAGAAAGAAAUAAUGAUAAAGAUGAAGUAAAAGGUACCAAAAUAACAUUACCGUUUGAUUUGAAUGAAUCGGGGACUCUUGAUUUCGACUUGAACGAAAGACCUGAUGAAUUAGGAGAAGACUUCGAACCAAAAGGAUGUGAAGAUCCAGUCAGAGAAAUGUUAAGGAUUAAUCUUCCCAAAUUUUUCUAG